CCAUUGAUAUAGAGUCUUCUGAGAACUGUGAGGCCGACUAUGUGCAAGUGGCUAUACAGGAAAAGGACAAAGCAGAUAUGACGGUGAAGGGCAAAUACUGUGAGAAUACUGCGAAAUAUGAGUCAUAUAUCUACAACACACGUCGUAUGCAGGUUACAUUCGUCACAGACUACUUUGUUAACAAGACUGGGUUUUCGGCUAUUGUGAAUGCUGUUUGCGGUGGUGAGCUAGAAGGCCCCAACGGUGAGAUCUCCACUUGGGACAUCGACCCGGAUCAGAGGCUGGCUGUUCACUCGGGCAUGGUUUGCGAGUGGCACGUCAAGGUGAGACCAGGGCGCACCAUUCAGGUCCAAUUCGACAAGCUCGACAUACCCCAGGCGCCGGGCAAGGCUUGUGGCACUGACUAUGUUCUGUUGAAAAAUGGCGAGACAUAUUCGUCACCGAACCUGGGUGUUGGAAAGUAUUGUGGCACUUCCAUUCCUGUUCUGCCUGAUACAUCUAGCAACCAUCUCUAUGUCAAAUAUCCUAAUCUUCCACAAGCCAGUUGA